AUGGACGCGUCGGAGAGCGCACAGGAGCUGCAGGUGCAAACGCAGGAGGUGACAAUGGAGGGGGAGACGCCGUCGCGGCAGGUGCGAGCGACGGUGGUGCAGGCGGCCACAGUGAUGUACAACACGCCUGCCACGCUGGACAAAGCCGAGCGACUGUUGGCGGAAGCGGCGCAGCUGGGUAGUCAGCUGGUGGUGUUCCCAGAGGCGUUCAUAGGCGGCUACCCCAGGGGCGCCAGCUUCGGAGUGCUGGUGGGGUCGCGCACGGACCGAGGGCGCGACGAGUUCCGACGCUACCACGCCUCCGCCAUUGAUGUGCCGGGUCCCGAGGUGGCCCGUCUCACAGCAGCAGCAGCCAAGUUCGGCGUCUUCGUAGUCAUGGGGGCAAUCGAGCGGGCGGGCGGCACACUCUACUGUUCCGUACUGUUCAUCGACCCGCGCCUGGGGCUGGUCGGGCGGCACAGGAAGACAGUGCCGACCGCUUUGGAGCGCGUGAUAUGGGGGUGUGGCGACGGCAGCACGGCAGCAACGGUGGUGGAUGCGGGGGGGGUGGGGCGGGUGGGCGCUGCAGUGUGCUGGGAGAAUCGCAUGCCCAUGGUGCGCAUGGCGCUGUAUGGGAAAGGAGUGGAGCUUUACUGUGCGCCAACAGCAGACUCGCGGGACUCCUGGCAGGCCACGGUGCAGCACAUAGCGCUCGAGGGCGGCUGCUUCGUCCUCUCUGCCAACCAGUUCUGCGUGCGCUCCGACUACCCUCCGCCCCCGGAUUUCGUCUUUUCCGCGUCCGGGCGGCUGGAUACAGACGAGCCGCCGCCGUCCGCCGUGGUGUGCCGGGGCGGCAGUGUGAUUGUGUCUCCGCUGGGCCGGGUGCUGGCCGGCCCAAACUAUGACGGGCAGGCACUGCUGACCGCUGAUCUCGACAUGGGUGACAUUGUAAGAGCCAAGUUUGACUUUGAUGUCACGGGGCACUACGCACGGCCGGAUAUAUUCUCACUGCGUGUUAAAGAGGUGUCUACAGUGCCUGUACAGCACAGGGACGAUCACUCCACAGCCCCUCACCUCCUCCUCCAGCCACCCACCAUCCCCGUCUCUCCACCCUCCUCUCUUCACCCGCCUCCCUUCCUCCCCUUUAUCCCUCCUCUCUAUGCCCUCCUCUCUCCACCCUCUUCCACCUCCUCCCCUCUACCACUUGACAAAGACACCACCCCACAGCCACCACUCCACCUUCGCCCACCAGUGCCCCAGCAAUCAUCCACCUCUCACCUCCCCCCUCGCCCUGCCCUACCACCCGCCAACCCUUUGCGCCAACCUGAUUCAUGGCUUGGCUGA